AACUUUUUAAAAUUUUCUGCUUCACCUAUUUUUUUUUAUUUUUAAUAAAAUUUAUCAAUUAAAAUAAAAAAAAAUGCUUGAUCUGUUUUCUUUAGUUAGCUUUUUUGUGUUAGGAGCUAUAGGAUGGAUUACUUAUAAAAUUUUUAUUUGGCCUUAUUAUGUUUCUCCUUUGAGAAACAUUCCUGGUCCACCAUCUGAUAAUCCAUAUUUCGGAAAUGUUCAAUCACUUAUGACAAAAAGGUCUGAUUUUAUAGAUCCACAACUAAAGUGGAUUAAAAAAUAUGGAAAUGUUGUUAAAUACCAUGAGUUAUUUAAUAGACCAGUUCUCUUUGUCGCGGAUCCAAAAAUAAUUCAAGAAAUAACUUUAAGUAAAACUUAUGACUUCGUCAAACCUUAUAAUAAAGGCGCUAUUGAACUUAUUGGUAGAGGUCUUGUAUUUGCAGAAGGUGAUGACCACAAGAGACAAAGAAAAAUGAUGAAUCCAGCUUUUACUCAUAGUAACAUCAAGGAAAUGAUUCCAACAUUCAUUCGUGUAACUUCUACCUUGAAAGGUUUAAUCGAAAAUGAGAUAAAUCAAGGAAAAUCAAGCAUAAAUCUUACACCUUAUAUUUCAAAAACAACUUUGGAUAUUAUUGGUUUAGUAGGAUUUAGUUAUGAAUUCAACUCGUUAACAUCUCCAAAUGAAUUAGCACAAGCUUACGAUUCUAUUUUAAAUCGUCCGCCAAGUACUCUACGAAUUGCCAUUAAUAUGUUAUCAGCUCGAUUUCCACUUAUUAGAAGUCUUCCCUUAAAAACGACUCAGAGAUUUAAAAAUGCGUGUCAAGUUAUUAGCCGCGUAUCAAAAGAAUUGGUUGAUGUAAAAUAUAAAGAAUCCGAGAAUGGAGAAUUAAAAGGAAAAGAUUUGUUAUCAUUGUUGAUUAAUAUCAAUAAAACGCUACCAAUUGAAGAGAAAAUGACUGAUGAAGAAUUAAAAUAUCAGAUUAUGACAUUUUUAAUAGCAGGUCAUGAAACUACAAAUAUUACAACUUGUUGGGCUUUAUAUUCACUUUCACAACAUCCACAUCAUCAAGACAAAUUACGCGAAGAAUUAGUUAAAGCUUUUCCUGAUAAAUCAAAUUUCAAUCCUACAUUUGAUGAAAUUAAUUCUUUGGAGUUUUUAAAUUGCGUAAUUAAAGAAACUUUAAGAAUAAGCCCUCCAGUACCGGGUAUUAGACGAACUAAUCUUAAAGAUGAAGUCUUUGGAGAAUAUUUCAUUCCAAAGAAUACUGAAAUGAUUAUUGGAAUUUCAGCACUACAAAAAUUACCAGAAAUUUGGGGCCCAACAGCUUGUGAAUUUGAUCCAAAUAGAUGGACAGAUCCUACUUUAAUUGAAAAAGUAAAUAAUUUAAAUUAUAUGCCUUUCCUAAAUGGUGCAAGAGGUUGUAUAGGCAAUAAGGUAGCUUCAGCUGAAGCUAAAAUCUUAUUGGGUAUGUUAAUUAGGAAUUUUGUUUUUCAACCAGCUGAAGGAAUUGAAAUUGGAAGAAGAACUUUCCCUUCAUCUAAACCUGAUCCACAUCUCGAAUUAGCUGUAUCUAUAGUUGAAUCUUAAUUUGUUAUUGAUCUUAUUAUUUAUUUUGUGUGUUUUUUUAUGGAUAUAUUAUCAUGUUAUUCAUUCAUUAUAAAUUAAAUAAAGUGUCAUACUUUAUUUAUUUUCAAAUUUAUUAUAGAAAUGUAUACAGUAUAUACAAAUUAAUAAAAUU